AUGGGACGGCGCCCGCAGCUCCCGCUGGUCAAGUCCGGGGACGUGACUGCCGCCUUCCCCCCUCCCCUGGCCCCACCGCGCGAUCCGGGAGAAGGCGAUGCGCCCGGCGGCGAUGGUGGCAGCGCCCGCGCUCUGAGCCUCGGCCCGAGCAGUGCUCGCCUGCGCGGCCGGUCGCCCCUGCUCGGGGUCUGGGGCGCGGCUCGGCGCCCGGAGUUUUGGAAGUCGCCGGGCCACACGCCUGGCGUGUACCGGAUGAAGUUCGGGGGUGGCCGGGGGCCGCUGCGUGGUGGAGGUCGCCGCCGGCCCCAGCCUAGCGCUUCCCGGCUUGCUGGGUGUCCGUGCGUCCGCGGUAGCCUGCCGGAGGGCUGGGUGGGCCUCGCCGGGGUCGCAGGAAUCCCCCGCAGCGCCGGCGUGGACAGCCUGAGCCGCCCACGGAGACGCCACCUGGGCUGGGCACAGGGCGUGCAGAAGCAUUUCCAUCCAAAAGCCUGGAGUGGAUUUGGGGGGAGGGCCCUCCUGCUCCUGGGGCUGAACCCCGUCUCUGCCUCCCUCCAGGACCAGCACUGCGAGAGCCUGUCCCCGGCCAGCAACGUCUCCGGACUGCAGUGCAAUGCGUCUGUGGACCUCAUUGGCACCUGCUGGCCCCGGAGCCCCGCGGGACAGCUCGUGGUUCGGCCCUGCCCUGCCUUUUUCUACGGCGUCCGCUACAACACCACAAACAACGGCUACCGGGAGUGCCUGGCCAAUGGCAGCUGGGCCGCCCGCGUGAAUUACUCGGCCUGCCAGGAGAUUCUCAACGAGGAGAAGAAGAGCAAGGUGCACUACCAUGUGGCCGUCAUCAUCAACUACCUGGGCCACUGUGUCUCCCUGGUGGCCCUCCUGGUGGCCUUUGUCCUCUUUCUGCGGCUCAGGAGCAUCCGGUGCCUGAGGAACAUCAUCCACUGGAACCUCAUCUCGGCCUUCAUCCUGCGCAACGCCACGUGGUUCGUGGUCCAGCUCACCAUGAGCCCCGAGGUCCACCAGAGCAACGUGGGCUGGUGCAGAUUGGUGACAGCCGCCUACAACUACUUCCACGUGACCAACUUCUUCUGGAUGUUCGGCGAGGGCUGCUACCUGCACACAGCCAUCGUGCUCACCUACUCCACCGACCGCCUGCGCAAGUGGAUGUUCGUCUGCAUCGGCUGGGGUGUGCCUUUCCCCAUCAUUGUGGCCUGGGCCAUUGGCAAGCUGUACUACGACAAUGAGAAGUGCUGGUUUGGCAAAAGGCCGGGGGUGUACACCGACUACAUCUACCAAGGGCCCAUGAUCUUGGUCCUGCUGAUCAAUUUCAUCUUCCUCUUCAACAUCGUCCGAAUCCUCAUGACCAAACUCCGGGCAUCCACCACGUCUGAGACCAUCCAGUACAGGAAGGCUGUGAAGGCCACACUGGUGCUGCUGCCGCUGCUGGGCAUCACCUACAUGCUGUUCUUCGUCCACCCCGGCGAGGACGAGGUCUCCCGCGUCGUCUUCAUCUAUUUCAACUCCUUCCUGGAAUCCUUCCAGGGCUUCUUCGUGUCCGUGUUCUACUGCUUCCUCAACAGUGAGGUCCGCUCUGCCAUCCGGAAGAGGUGGCACCGGUGGCAGGACAAGCACUCGAUCCGUGCCCGCGUGGCCCGCGCCAUGUCCAUCCCCACCUCCCCCACCCGCGUCAGCUUCCACAGCAUCAAGCAGUCCACAGCGCUCUGA